AUGGACAUGUUAAAGAAUUACCGCGAGGCGCACUUGAUUCUUUGUAGCAUGCUGGAGGUAGUUGGAAUCAAUAGAAGGGAUGCGUUUAGUAGACAUAUUGUGGAGCAGAUUAUGGAACAGGGUCUCAUAAUUGGCAAUAGGGUUAGCAACAUGGGUCGUAAGGUAUUGGGGUUGUGCGUUCACAUGAAAAAAGUGCACCUCAAGCAUCGUUAUGAGCCGUGUAUGCAACUAAUAGAAAGAAUAUUAAUGAGCAAUGGUAUUAACGAGGGCAUGGUCCCGGCGAGCGAUUCAGCGAUUGAGAAGGUUUUAAAGAGGGUUAGAGUGGGUGAUGGGGAUGAGGAGGAGGAGGAUGAUGAGGAAGAGGGGCGUCGAGAGAGAAAAAGAAGGCAAAUUUGUGCAAGUGAAAGUGAUAGUUGCACUGUUUGCAUGGAAGAGUUUAAUGGAGGAUCAGAAAUCGCUUGCAUGCCUUGCUCACAUUUGUUUCAUGAAAAGUGCAUAGUGACAUGGCUCAAACAAAGCCACUAUUGUCCUGUUUGCCGAUUUGAAGUGCCUACUGAUGGAUGA